UAACACCUCCGGUUAUUUCCGGGUUGUCAGUCUGUGUGGACGUGAAUGAUAAUUGUGUGAUGAGACACAGGAAAGGUUUUACACUAUAAGACAUGGAUCUGAGCAUGAAGUCAUACGGUGACCGAGAGGAAGUGGGCGUGUUUCCGUCAGCUGGCUGUAGCACUGAAGAACAGGAUGCUGAUUUAGGGGCGAGGAUGCUUGAUCUACACCCAUCAGGUGCUUCGUUUGAUCUGGACGACCACGCAAAGAGUCUUUCUGCCAGAGCGAGGCCUUUUCAAUGCUCUCAGUGUGGGAAGGGUUUUUCCCGUAUACAGCAUCUGUCCGAACAUGUCCGGAUUCACACAGGCGAGAGGCCUUUUGAGUGCUUGGUGUGUGGAAAGACUUUCACCCGGGAAAGAGAUCUCAAGACUCACCAGAUUGUCCAUACGGAUGCGAAGGCUUUUCACUGUACGAUCUGUGUUAAAAACUUUGCCCUGUUAUCCUCCUUGAGAAGACAUCUCCGUGCAUUUCAUCAAGGUCAAGAUGUUAGUACGGAGGGAAAGUGCUUAAUUUGUGUUGAAUGUGGGAAAAAUUUUGCAUGUCAACUGGAGGAACAUGAGCUGACACACACAGGAGAGAUAUCCCACCGCUGCCCUGACUGUGUCAACAGCUUCGCACAUCUCGUAUCUCACGAUCAGACCUUCUCUGAAUCAGAUGACAUGAACCAUUUAGAUGCUUGUGACAGUGAGAGGCCUUGCAGUUCUGUGACCUCUGAAGAUCUACACAAACACUUACAAACUGACGCACUUAAGGACAAUAUUGAAUCGCACUCUCUGGACCUUGUAGAUAGUAUGGAGAGUGAUGCAUCUAAUGAACACAGUGCCCAAAGUCAACAGGACCUGGCUGAAAGAGCUCCAUCUCCUUCAUCUGAGCUCUCUCAGGAUUCUGCACAUUCAACUGAAAAGGGCAAUGGAACACUAAACCCUCUUCAAGAGGAAGAGUUUACAGCUCACCAGCAAGUUCACGAUGAAGACAAGCCACACCAGUGCAAUCACUGUGGAAAGAGAUUUCAUAAGCAAGCAAAGCUUCGAAUCCAUCUGCGUGUUCACACCGGAGAGAAGCCGUACCAGUGCUCCCAAUGUGGGAAAUAUUUCAGUCAAGCAGUAAACCUUAAAAAACACUACCGUACUCAUCAUACAGAGGACAGACCGUACCAUUGCACGCUUUGUGACAGGAGGUUUUCUCUCUCUUUCUCCCUGAUAAAGCAUCAACGAGUCGCUCAUCCAGAACGUUUGAGUGUUGCUGAAAGGAAGCGCUUUACCUGUCCAUACUGUGGGAAAAUAUUCGGACGACAUCAAGAUAUGGAGCAACAUAAACGCAUUCACACUGGGGAAAGACCGUUCCGCUGCACUGUGUGCAAUAAAAGUUUUAGGCAGCGUUCAGUGUUGAUCGUGCAUAGGAAAAUUCAUACUGGAGAAAAGCCUUUUGAAUGUUUCAUAUGCUUCAGACGGUUUUACGGUUCAGGGGAUCUGAAGACUCAUAUGGGAACUCAUACUGGCGUGAGACCCCACUGUUGUCCUUUGUGCUCAAAAAGCUUCCCUCGGCCCAGUAGCCUGCAAGCACACAUGCAGUCCCAUCUGAACAAGUUCCAGGAACGUGAUGUUCUGACCGCCGGAGCUGAUAUGCUUAUCCCUGAGGAGGAGGACCAGGGUGAACCGGAUGACGUGGAAGGUGUCUGUGGUGUUUCUGCUUCAUCACAGCUGUCGGCGUUGCUUUCUGGAAACCCUGGAGCUUCUGAAGACAAAAUUAGCACAGGGGAGCAUCUAUUAGAGAAUCAGACAGGAUUCAAUCCAUCAGUAACUCAAGACCAUGAUGUUAAUCAGAGUUCCAGUUCAGAGCUGACAGAUCAUCGGAAGCCAUUUCAUUGUGCCAUAUGCAACAAAACCUUCUCUGUAGCAAUUUCCCUGAAAAAACAUCAGCUUAUAUUUCAUCCAGAUCAGCAUGCUGACAUAGAGGGGAAGUGCUUCCCCUGCUCUUAUUGCGGGAGGAAGUUCGGUCGACGCCAAGGCUUGUUACAGCACGAGCGGAUUCACACAGGUGAAAGGCCCUUCAACUGUCCCACAUGUAACAAAAGCUUCCGUCAGCGAUCGGCUUUGGUUGUGCAUAUUAAAACUCACACAGGAGAGAGGGCGUUCCUGUGCUUUGUGUGCAGUAAGAGCUUUUAUACCCCAGGAGACUUGAAGAAGCAUCUGGAAAUUCACACAGGAGUGAGGCCACACAACUGCCCUAUAUGCUUCAAGGGGUUUGGGCGUCCCAGUUUCCUCCAAGCUCACAUGCGAGUCCAUGAAAAAGCGUCCACAAAGAAGCAAAGUGGAACGGAGAAACCAACAGGUGGUCCAAAAGUCGACUUACAGGAGAAGCCAUUUGAAUGCUCUGAUUGUGGGAAAAGAUUCAGUCAGCAUUGUAUGUUUAAAAUUCACCAGCGGAUUCACACAGGAGAGAGACCUUACAAGUGCUCUCAGUGUGGCCUGAGUUUUCGUUGGAGGAGAAACCUGAUAGCCCACCAAAGUAGCCACCCGGGCGAGAACCCUCUCCAGUGUUCAAUGUGUGAUGAAACAUUCAUCUCUGAAGCAAGUCUGAAAAAACAUCAAGAUGCAUUUCAUUCAGGGGUCUCUCAUACAUGCAGUUUGUGUUUGAAGACAUUUACUCAAGCAGCUGGCCUCAGGAAACACGUGCGGUAUGUUCAUGAAGGAGAACGACCUCACAAAUGCUCUGAGUGUGGGAGAGGAUUUGUCAAACUUUCUGACCUUGCGCGUCAUCAGCGCCGGCACCAUUACGACCGGGGCGAUGAACUCUUUCAGUGCUCGCAGUGUGAGCGAAGCUUCAGUCAUCCCAGCAGUCUGGUUCUGCACAGACGGACACACACCGAAGAAAAGCACGAGUGCCCUCAGUGCGAUAAGAUUUUUAGUCAGGCGGGACACCUGAAAGUCCACCUGCGGACUCACACCAAAGAGAAUAAACCGAAAUUCGAGUGUCCUGAAUGUGGGAAGAGUUUUGGCCAAGCUAAAGAUUUGGUGGUUCAUCAGAGGGUUCACACCGGAGAGAAGCCGUACCAGUGUCCUCAGUGCAAGAAGAGCUACCGACAGUUUGCACAUUUGUCCGUACAUCUGCGAAGUCACACGGGGGAGAAGCCUUACCAAUGCCCCAUAUGUCUCAAAUUCUUCGCUCAUUCAUCAUCCAUGAAGAAACACCUGCGUGUAAUGCAUGCAGAGGGGAAGGAUUUACCUGUAACAAAGGAAGUUGUGAAGGUCACCGUUGGCGUAGGACCAUCUAACGCAACUGUAGAAGUUAAGCAAGAACCAGAAUCUGGAGAUGAAUAUGAAUGUCAAGUGAAAUCUGAAGAAAACUGCUUUGCUAUAAUGGAUGAUGUGAAGGCUAUUACGGUCUCUUCAGCUCCUUCCAGUCCAGUAUCAUCUGUGUCUUUUAAAAAUGAAUGAUGUGGAUGGAAACCAGGGUUCUUACCUUGCCAAACAUCAGAGCACAUUGAAGAAUCUGCAGCAUUUAUUAAGGACUGCUAGUAUUCUCAUGCCAAAAAAGCAGUUUUUAAGAAAUAGAAUAGCAUUCUACAGUGACUCCUGAAGCCAGUCCACACCACGGUAUUCGAUUUGGGUUUUUGGUUGAGCGGGGAACCACACAACACCUGUGCUGUCAGCGUGAGUGGAGUUUCAGUAGAGCUGAUUAAAUUAACAUGAAAAACAAUGUGAUGAGAACUGUCCAGUCUGAAGAACUUCAUCCAUUCGGAUAAAAAUGACCUGCAUUUUUUUUUUUUUUUGCUGAUACAAAAAAAAUUUGGCUUUGCCAAAAAAAAAAUUUGGCUUUGCCAAAUAGAGGAGAUCUUCGCCAAAUUCAUAAUGGAGAGAAGCCUUGACAUUUGCUGUGAAUAGAGUUUCGAUCAGGUAGAGCACAUCAAAAAGAGAGACAUUUCCAGCCCUCAGACUGGCUAAAUCUUGUUGGAUGAACAUACAGAAAGGACAUUGAUAUAUUACAGGGUUCUUCGAUUCUCUUCCUUGAGGUCUACUGCCUCAAGACUUCAGUUCCAACCCUGAUCAAACUCACCUGUCUGUAAUUUUCAAGUAAUCCUGAAGAACUUUGUUAGCUUGUUCAAGGGUGUUUGCAUCUGAGCUAGUCUCUAGUCUAGGAGAACUGAACAAAUCUGAUGAGUACAAAAACUUUGUCACGUUACAAACAGUACCUCACAGAAUCUGCCAUUCUACACAUUUCCUGACCUUUACAUAUUCAUCAGCACAAGUAUUUUAUGCUCAAAGCUGCAUUUAAUACAUUUUACUGUGUUUAAAUCCAUUCCACAGAUUUUCCCUUCAAAGUCAGUGUAGAAAAUCUAAAGUCUGCAGAUUCUAGAUUUGUUUGGAAGCCAAUGUAAAUAUACAACCACCAACUCAUUUAAUUAAUUUUAUAAUGUAUUACUUUGACCACCAAAGUUUUUGUAAUCAUUUUUUUCUUGUAUACCUGACAUCUCAUAAUAGAUGUAAAUUAAAUGAAUGAGUUCAAAUGUUUAGCCUUAAAAAGAUUAUUCUAUAUAUUAUUUUUUUUCAGUGGUUACAAUAACAAUUUUCCUCACUGUCUUUGGCCUUGUCCCAAAUGGCACCCUAAACACUCACGGUCUUCUUAUGAGUCCGCACUUUUGUGACAUAAUGUUUGUGACAUAAUAAAACCAGUGAAAUACA